AUGGGCACCACAGCCGCAACGGCUUUCUCACAGGUUUACCAUUUUGCAACCUGGCAAGUGGGAAUGGUUUGGAUUGCAGGCAUUGUGGGUAACAUUCUAGGAGUACCCUUUGGUGGUUAUUUCUCGGAUUGGGUAGCCAACCGCGCAACCACGAAGAAUGGCGGAGUCCGCGAGCCAGAGAUGCGUCUUCCCGCCGUGAGCGUCGCUAUGAUUACCUAUCCUGCAGCACUUCUUCUCUACGGCCUGGGGAUCAAUUACAAAGCGCAUUGGAUGGUGCCUAUAUCGGGCAUAUUCUUGUUUUCGUUUGGAAGUAGUGCUGCGAUCGGCAUUAGUGUGGUCUAUACAAUCGACUGUUACAGGCCGAUUGCUGAGGAGGUUGUGGUGAGCCAAGUUGCCUUCAAAUCCAUCAUCACGUUCCUCAUGUCCUUCUACGCUAACCCAUGGGUCAAUCGUGACGGCUAUGCAGGAGCAUUUAGUGCCAUGGCAGCGCUGAGUUUCGUCGUCUUGGCUAUGUGGAUUCCCUUGUACAUCUGGGGUAAGCGAAUUCGCCGUGCUACUCUCAAAGGGCGUGUCAUGCGAUACGUCCACUGGGCUGUGGACCGAGAAACUGGCGAGUAG